AUGUCCUUCUUUGGCCGUCGCCGCUCCCAGUCAGAUGCAGCACCUCCUAACGUAACCAACGCCGGUACCCCCAGGCCUUCACUAUCCCAUCGAUAUAUCCACCAUUCCAAUUUGGGCUUUCACCGGAAUGAAUCCCCGGACGAGGGAAUGUUCCACGGCCUCUUCCGGAGGCGGAGUGAUAGCUUGCCCUUGCCGGCCAUCACUUCCGAGGAGCAUGGCUACGGGCAUUCUUCUCGGAUCGAAGCCAGCCAGGUGCCAAGGCCGCAGAAGAGCGGCGAUGCCCAUCAACACGACACAAGUGGUGCCUCUUCCCAUGGAGGGCGCAUCCCCGAGUCACCCACAAGUUGUGACCAGGGCGAACCAAAGCAGCCCGGGAAUAUACAGGAUUUUCUAGAGUAUCGGCUGAGCUUUGCGGACCGACCGCAAGCAGGAAAUACUGAAUCUUCGGCUCGUCCAGACCAUCAACUGCUAACCAAAAAUGAUGUCAAAGCCAUUCUAUCAGGCGCACCGCACUUUUUGCUGGAGAAAGGCAAACACGGGCGUUGGUAUCCGCAGGUCGUCUUUCCCUGGGAUGAGCAUAACCCGUCCAUCCAGCACCUGUGGGACCGGAAACCAUUGCCCCAUGCAUCAUUCACACUGGGAGUGCCAAUUCGGCUGCAUGAUUGGCGUCGGACCGGUGGUCCUAAAAGAGCGACUUUUGACAUUGGAGUCUUCGAGGUCCCAAAUAUGUUGUCCAAUAAUGGACAGGAGCCGGGCACAGUGGGAUUCCGACAUUUUCUCGAGCUUGCGGUCGCGGAUCUUGUUCGAUAUAAUGGCCCUCCGGAGCCUAGCCCACCUCCGAGCUUGCGCCGAAUCUCCUCGCUUCCAGCAACGGAAGCAUUUGAAUUGAUGGAACACUAUAAUGAUCCUUACUCUCAGUGUCGCAGCGGUGCCGUAUUUGACCGACAUCGGCUCAUCUGUGAUGGCCCUCAGGCCUGGAAACGUAUAGGAGUUCGAAACAUCAACCUCCGGUCUCUGGCCAAACGCCUGAAUCAUUUGCGGCAAAUUCGCCAUGACAUGCUCCGUGACGGAUCCACCGAAACAAUAUUGGAUAUCGAGUCCCCACAGGAGCUUCACCAAAUCCUCUACACACAUUUUUUGCAUCCUCCACCACGAGCCAUAGAAAUGAAGUCGGGUCACCCGCAGAGCCUCAAGUUUCAGAUCAAAACAUUAACGUUGGUACUGUCCACUCCCGGAGCGUGGGUUGAUUUCUCUCUGCCCGAAUGGCGCUUCCGAGCCGGCCAAGUGCUCUGGGAACCACCUCCGCAUGAGGAUGGAGAUUGUAUUGACCCCAGAAUGUGUGCCGACGGAUCGUCGCGGGAAUCCUGGGUCCACCCUGGCAUGGAGAGAAAAUGGCUUUUGAUACAGUUGCUCUUGGCGGCCGAGCUACUUCUGCGCCUGGAUGCAUUCGUUCGGGUCGGGAUGUUGCACGAUCCGCAUGGUGUCCAGAUCACGGUGCAGGAGCUGCGCAAUUUUGAUAAACUGCUGGAUGGAAAAGUGAAUUGGGAUCUGAUUGUGGUCCGCCGCUUCCUUGAUAGUCUCGACAUCACGUGUGCCUCGUCGCAAUCCGAGUCACCUUCGGAUGGCUCUCGGCCACCUGACAAGCCCCAUCGCUUUUCUCUGCUCGAAACAUUCACCCGCCGUGGCUCAUCUGCCUCGCAGGCCGAUCUGCGAUCCGCCUGGGACUGCAAUUUGAGCUCGUCACAUGUUCGGCAGCAGCUGGAAGGACUUUAUGUUUUUGCGAAGCACAUCGCAUGGCCGAGAAUCGAUGCCCUCCAAGCCAUCAUGCAGUCUAAACUUGGGAGCCGCGAGAAUCCUAUACUUCCCAGGGUACGCACUGGUGACAGCCCGAUACCAGACAAGAGCCCGAAGGAUAUUUCGGCAAUGAGACUGGCCAAGGAAGAAAUGUACACCCGCCAACCAUCUCGUCGGCACCUCAAGCUCCGUAACCCGCGAUCUGAAACCGAUGACCAGCAUGAGGUUGAAGAUUUGGGCUGGAUCUCUCGGAGCUGGCUCUCCGGGUUCGUGAUACCGGGAGAAAAUAUCAGCCAUCUUCUCAUGGCUACCCUCCUCGAGAAUGACCCCGAUGCGAUAAAGCAGCUGGGGCCUACCAUUAAUCUCUACGGAGGAUUUGUGUAUAGAGGUCAAAGCUGGUGGAGCAAAGCAUGCAUUGUCGGACGAGUCUUAUCUAGCUCGGAGCGAGCCAAGACAUGUAUGGGCUGGAUCAAUAGCGAUAUAGUUCCCCGCGAUGCGACUACACUAGAACCCAUGCAGAACGGGUGGUUUGAGGUCCCCGUGGAUGAGGUGUUGGGUAGCUCAAGCAAAGCUCGAAUCAAGCAGGGCGGCCGGCUGGCAAUGGAGUCGACGCCACUGGGGAUGGGUGAUAUCACCGCAGAAGCGUUCACGCUACCCAAGGAUGUGGCGAAGACGACGGCCACCGUCUAUCUGAAGGCGCUGCACAUGUCUGUGACUGGCUACCGAACCCCCAACAGCCAAAACAUCAUGGUUGCGGACAAGGCAUCCAUGUCCUUCUCGGUUUCAAGUGCCGGGCUCGCGUCCCCAUCUAUGAUUUCUUUGCCUCUGAAGUAUAACGUACGCUUCAUCUCCGCACACGAGUGCCGUCCACCGCUGGGAUCCCCGUGUUAUCAAAAUCCUAGCUCGAGCCCUAAAAAGGACCAGUCUACGACAUCCAGAUUGUACCACUGCAAGCGUCUACCAGGCCACCCUCUACACCGGUCCUUCCCAUGUCAAAAUGUCCCACUGGCCGCUCUUGCCAACAUGUCCGCACCGCCGGGGGUAUCAGGUUCAACAAUUCCAUCCGCCAGGCGAGGAGCCGAGUCGCUCCCUAGCCCGGAGGUUUGGGUCAUUGACGCACGGGGAGAUCGAACGAAGGAAACAUUUGCGCGGGCAUGGUGCGCCUCCGUCGGCUGCCAUGCUAUCAUCGGGCGAUCUGGGCGGACAUGUGUGGCGUGUUGCAUUCGUGAGGCGAGGGCCGUCGACGUCCGGGUGGUGGUGCGUGUAGGCGAUUAA